GUGCACGCCGGGCAAGAGGAAGACCUCCAGAAGCUCCCCGCGCAGCGCGGCUGUGUUUGCGUUGCGGCCUGUGCGAGUAGUUGCUUCGGAACCAGUCUCUUGGCGAGCGGUGCGCAGAAACCUCGAACCGGUGGAGCCCACUCGUAACCUGGAGCCCAGAAAACCGCGAAGACAGUACCGUUUUCUCGGCGGCGGGAGUCUAUCCUGAACUUAGAUGGUGUACAUUUUGGGAACUUAUUUUAGAAAAGAUCUAAGUUUUAAAAAUUCUCAAUGGACAGACAGAGAAAAGAGGGUCUUUGCCAACUCCUUUGGAGUGCUGCAGUAAGAAUGUCUUUUCCCCCUCAUUUGAAUCGCCCUCCCAUGGGAAUCCCAGCACUCCCACCAGGGAUCCCACCCCCACAGUUUCCUGGCUUUCCUCCGCCUGUACCUCCAGGGACCCCAAUGAUUCCUGUGCCAAUGAGCAUUAUGGCUCCUGCUCCAACUGUCUUAGUACCGACUGUGUCCAUGGUUGGAAAGCAUUUGGGAGCAAGAAAAGAUCAUCCAGGCUUAAAGACUAAAGAAAAUGAUGAAAAUUGUGGUCCCACUACUACUGUUUUUGUUGGCAACAUUUCUGAGAAAGCCUCAGACAUGCUUAUAAGACAGCUCCUUGCUAAAUGUGGCUUGGUUUUGAGCUGGAAGAGAGUACAAGGUGCAUCUGGAAAACUUCAAGCCUUCGGAUUCUGUGAGUAUAAGGAGCCUGAAUCUACCCUCCGUGCACUCAGGUUAUUGCAUGACCUACAGAUUGGAGAGAAGAAACUACUUGUUAAAGUUGAUGCAAAGACAAAGGCACAACUGGAUGAGUGGAAAGCAAAGAAGAAAGCUUCUAAUGGGAAUGCUAGGCCAGAAACUGUCACUAAUGAUGAUGAAGAAGCUUUAGAUGAAGAAACAAAGAGAAGGGAUCAGAUGAUCAAAGGGGCCAUUGAAGUUUUAAUACGUGAAUACUCCAGUGAGCUCAAUGCCCCUUCACAAGAAUCUGACUCUCAUCCCAGGAAGAAGAAGAAGGAAAAGAAGGAGGACAUUUUCCGCAGAUUUCCAGUGGCACCACUGAUCCCUUAUCCACUCAUCACUAAGGAGGAUAUAAAUGCUAUAGAAAUGGAAGAAGACAAAAGAGACCUGAUAUCCCGAGAGAUCAGCAAAUUCAGAGACACACACAAGAAACUGGAAGAAGAGAAAGGCAAAAAAGAAAAAGAAAGACAGGAAAUUGAGAAAGAACGGAGAGAAAGAGAAAGGGAGCGUGAAAGGGAACGAGAAAGGCGAGAACGGGAACGAGAAAGGGAAAGAGAACGUGAACGAGAAAAGGAGAAGGAACGGGAGCGGGAACGAGAACGGGAUAGGGAUCGUGACCGGACAAAGGAGAGAGAUCGAGAUCGUGAUCGAGAGAGAGAUCGUGACCGUGAUCGGGAAAGGAGCUCAGAUCGAAAUAAAGAUCGGAGUCGAUCAAGAGAAAAGAGCAGAGAUCGUGAAAGGGAACGAGAGCGGGAAAGAGAGCGAGAGAGAGAACGGGAACGAGAAAGAGAACGUGAGAGAGAGAGAGAGCGAGAAAGGGAACGGGAGCGUGAAAGAGAGAAAGACAAGAAGAGAGACCGAGAAGAGGAUGAAGAAGAUGCAUACGAACGAAGGAAACUUGAAAGAAAACUCCGAGAAAAAGAAGCUGCUUAUCAAGAGCGCCUUAAAAAUUGGGAAAUCAGAGAACGGAAGAAAACCCGAGAGUAUGAGAAAGAGGCUGAAAGAGAAGAAGAAAGAAGAAGAGAAAUGGCAAAAGAAGCUAAACGACUAAAAGAAUUCUUAGAAGAUUAUGAUGAUGAUAGAGAUGACCCCAAAUAUUACAGAGGAAGUGCUCUUCAGAAAAGGUUGCGUGAUAGGGAAAAGGAAAUGGAAGCAGAUGAACGAGAUAGGAAAAGAGAGAAGGAAGAGCUAGAGGAAAUUAGGCAGCGCCUUCUGGCAGAAGGGCACCCGGAUCCAGAUGCAGAGCUCCAGAGGAUGGAACAAGAGGCUGAGAGGCGCAGACAACCACAAAUAAAGCAAGAACCAGAAUCAGAGGAAGAGGAAGAAGAAAAACAAGAAAAAGAAGAAAAACGAGAGGAACCCAUGGAAGAGGAAGAAGAGCCGGAGCAGAAGCCCUGUCUCAAACCAACUUUGAGACCCAUCAGUUCUGCCCCGUCUGUUUCCUCUGCCAGUGGCAAUGCAACCCCCAACACUCCUGGGGAUGAGUCUCCCUGUGGUAUUAUCAUUCCUCAUGAAAAUUCGCCAGAUCAGCAACAACCUGAGGAGCAUAGGCCAAAAAUAGGACUAAGUCUUAAACUGGGUGCUUCCAAUAGUCCUGGUCAACCUAAUUCUGUGAAGAGAAAGAAACUCCCUGUAGAUAGUGUCUUUAACAAAUUUGACGACGAAGACAGUGAUGAUGUACCCCGAAAAAGAAAACUGGUUCCCCUGGAUUAUGGUGAAGAUGAUAAAAAUGCUGCCAAAGGCACUGUAAACACUGAAGAAAAGCGCAAACAUAUUAAGAGUCUCAUUGAGAAAAUCCCUACAGCCAAACCUGAGCUCUUUGCUUAUCCCCUGGAUUGGUCUAUUGUGGAUUCUAUACUGAUGGAACGACGAAUUAGACCGUGGAUUAAUAAGAAAAUUAUAGAAUACAUAGGUGAAGAAGAAGCUACAUUAGUUGAUUUUGUUUGUUCUAAGGUUAUGGCUCAUAGUUCACCUCAGAGCAUUUUAGAUGAUGUUGCCAUGGUACUUGAUGAAGAAGCAGAAGUUUUUAUAGUCAAAAUGUGGAGGUUAUUGAUAUAUGAAACAGAAGCCAAGAAAAUAGGUCUUGUGAAGUAAAACUCUCUUUACACUUAGAGUUACAUUUCAGAUAUCUUCUUUCCCAUCCUUCAAAGGACUCUGAAUUUUUCUUUGUCUUCAAAGACAUUUGUGAGAUCUGUAAUUUUUUUUUUAAAUGUAGAAAAUGUGAAUUUUUUUUGUCCUCCAAUUUGUUGAUGCCCUGUGUACUCCCUUGGUUGUAAAGACAUCUGAAUCCUACCUUGGUUCUCUUUAUACUCACCAGGUACAAAUUACUGGUAUGUUUUAUAAGCCGCAGCUACUGUACACAGCCUAUCUGAUAUAAUCUUGUUCUGCUGAUUUGUUCCUUGUAAAUAUUAAAAUGACUCCCCAAUUCUUUUGCA